AAUAUCUUCGAAAUCCCUAACCGGAACCAACGCAUUCAGCGCAGAAAGGAAGUUCUAGUGGGUUUUGGUCAUAGUCGCCAACCCUCACCGGAAACCACCUCUUCGGCCAGUCUGAGCUGCUUCUCGGGUCGAAUCGGAGAAAUACCUUUUGUUUCCGCUCAAAGCCGAAGCACCAUUUUCUCUCCCCUCUAAUUGGAUUUGUGUCAACUUGGGGCCUCACGAACCCUAGCUCGAGACAUAUAGGUUGGAGUAUUAGUGUGUGCAUUGGGAAGUGGAUUAGAUUUUAGAUUGGUAUGGCUAGAAGGUACAGUAGUGAUGAGAGUGAUUCCUCGGAUUCUGAGAAAAGAACUAGACAUAAACGUGAUGAGCGGCGAAUUGAGCGUAUACGUGAUGAUAGAGAUAGAGAAAGAGGCAAUGGUAAUGAUUUGUUGGACUCUGAUAAAAGACGUAGAAAGCAGCAUGAGAGACGAGAUGAGCCUAUUGGUGAUGGUAGAGAUAGAGAAAGAGACCAUGAUAAGGAUUUGUUGGACUCUGAUAAAAGAAGCAGAAAGCGGCAUGAGAGACGAGAUGAGCCUAGUGGUGAUGAUAAGGGCAGGGAUAGAGCAAAUGAGAAGGAUGUUAGGGAUAGAGAUGGAAGGAGGCGAAGCGAACAUCUUGAGCGAAGGGAAUCUCGGCAAAGUUCUGAAGAAGAUGGUGAAUUGGUAGAGAGAGAAAGGGAGAGAACCCAUCGACAUGAGGAUAGGCAUAGACGUCGUGAAACUGGGGAUGUUGAUAAGGUGAAAGAGUCUCAUCAAAGUUCUGAUGAAGAUGAUAGGCGAGGAGGGAGAGACAAGCGAGAAAGAGAGAGAUCACAUCGGCAUGGGCAUAGGCAGCGGGACAGUGAGGAUGGUGAUAGAAAAAAGGACCGGCAUAGGAUAGAUAAGGAGGUGAAUGAACAACGAAAAGAUGGCCAGAGUUUUGGGAAGAACAGGGAUAGAGAUGGCAAGGUACUUGAUGGUUCAAAACCUCAGAGACAGCCAAAAUUGCAAGAAGGAAAUGUAACUGCUGAUUCAUCGAAUUUGGGAAAGAGUGGUGGAGUUUACAUUCCCCCAUUUAAGUUGGCUCGAAUGAUGCAAGAGGUUGAAGACAAAAGUAGUAUUGAAUAUCAGCGGUUGACAUGGGAUGCCCUUCGAAAGAGUAUAAAUGGACUUGUGAACAAAGUCAACGGUGCUAAUAUAAAGAAUAUAAUUCCCGAGCUCUUCUCAGAGAAUCUAAUCCGAGGAAGGGGUCUUUUCUGCCGGUCAUGUAUGAAGUCGCAGAUGGCAUCUCCAGGCUUCACAGAUGUGUUUGCUGCACUGGUUGCUGUUGUCAACACCAAGUUUCCUGAGGUGGGCGAUCUUCUAUUGAGAAGGAUUAUUUUGCAGCUCAAGAGAGCAUAUAAGCGUAACGACAAGCCGCAAUUACUAGCUGCUGUUAAAUUUGUUGCACAUCUCGUGAAUCAGCAAGUGGCUCAUGAAAUUAUUGCAUUAGAGUUGCUCACUGUGCUACUUGAGAAUCCAACUGAUGACAGUGUUGAGGUAGCUGUUGGAUUUGUCACAGAGUGUGGAUCAAUUUUGCAAGAUCUCUCACCCAAAGGCCUGCAUGGAAUAUUUGAGCGUUUUCGUGGAAUUCUUCAUGAAGGGGAGAUAGACAAACGGGUUCAAUUUCUGAUUGAAGGGCUAUUUGCAAUAAGAAAAGCAAAGUUUCAGGGGUACCCAGCUGUUCGACCAGAACUGGAUCUUGUAGAGCAGGAAGAUCAGUUAACCCAUGAGAUCUCUCUCCAAGAGGAAAUAAAUCCAGAGAUUACCCUUGAUAUAUUCAAGGCGGAUCCAAACUUCCCUGAGAAUGAGAAGAGAUACGAAGAGCUCAGGAAAACGCUUUUAGGUGAGGAGUCUGAGGAUGAAGACGCUUCAGAUGCAGCAUCAGAUGAUGAGGAGGAGGAGGAGGAGGAUGAUGAUGGAUCCGAGGAAGAGGAUGAGGAGGAGAUGAAGAUAAAGGAUGAAACCGAGACGAACCUUAUCAAUCUUCGGAGGACCAUCUACCUCACUAUUAUGUCUAGUGUAGAUUUCGAGGAGGCUGGACAUAAGCUGCUUAAAAUUAAACUGGAGCCAGGUCAAGAGAUGGAGUUGUGCAUUAUGCUCUUGGAAUGCUGCAGUCAGGAGAGAACAUACCUCCGGUAUUACGGUCUUUUGGGGCAGCGAUUCUGCAUGAUCAACAAAGUACACCAGGAAAAUUUUGAGAAGUGCUUCGUCCAGCAGUAUUCCAUGAUUCACCGGCUUGAAACGAAUAAGCUGCGCAAUGUGGCAAAGUUUUUUGCACAUUUACUCGGCACAGAUGCUCUGCCUUGGCCUGUCUUAGCCUAUAUACGCUUAACAGAGGAGGAUACCACAUCUUCUUCUCGUAUAUUUAUUAAGAUUCUAUUUCAGGAAUUGUCGGAGCAUCUGGGCAUCCGUCUGUUGAAUGAACGUCUUACUGAUCCCACAAUGCAGGACUCCUUUGAAUCUAUCUUCCCGAGGGAUAAUCCCAAGAACACACGGUUUGCGAUUAACUUUUUCACAUCCAUUGGGCUUGGUGGCAUCACUGAAAACUUACGUGAGUACUUGAAGAAUAUGCCACGCCUAAUUAUGCAACAAGAGCAAGCAGUGUCAGGCUCUGAAUCAGAUGAUGAGUCUGAUAGUUCGGACACAGACACAGCUAGUUCUGAGACUGAAUCAGAUUUAUCAAGUUCAGAUGAGAGUGAAAGGGAUGACAGACGUAGGAAGCGGAAGAGGAAAGAAUAAAAGAGUGUUAUGCUGCACCAGAGACAACACCACUGUAAACUUGUGUUUGGGGUAUUUGUAUAAUCAUGUCAUUCGAGCACUGUCAAUUUUCGCGCGUCUCUUGAAUAUUUUAUUCACGGUAGUUUUACUGUCCAGUUCUCUACAAAUUCCCCUAUUUUAAUAUGCAAAAAGGUUGCUGUUACUUUUUAAGUUGAGCUGAAAUGCUGAAAUAGAGGUAGAAUGUCUUUUAUAAAGUAUAUUUUUGACGGUUCCAUUCUGCUGUUUGAGAUGAUGGCAUUUGUUCAUUUUUCUUAAACCUUCGACUUUCUGGACUUCAGUGAUAGGGUAAUGCAGUUAAGAACCAGGUAUCAUGCCUUAGUGAGGUUCCUGCUAGCCCAUGGGAUUACUUUAUCUGGUGUUUAUGGAUUCGAUUUGAGCAGGAUAAAUUGCUUUUGCAGACUACUACAUUUUAUUGUUUUGUACAAGGCUAAUUUGCCAGCCAUCUUGUAAUCAUAAAGCAACUCAGAUUUGUUUUA